AUGAGGAUUGAAGAACUCAUCCUAGACGGCUUCAAGUCAUACCCAGUCCGAACGACCAUCUCAGGCUUUGAUGAGUCGUUCAACGCGAUCACCGGCCUCAACGGCUCCGGGAAAUCCAACAUCCUCGACGCCAUCUGCUUCGUGCUGGGCAUCACCAACAUGACCUCUGUCCGCGCUGGCAACCUCAUGGACCUGAUCUACAAGCGUGGCCAGGCUGGUGUUACAAAGGCGUCCGUCACCAUUGUGUUCAACAACCAGGAUCGCUCAAAGAGCCCAGUCGGCUUCGAGAACACUCCGCAGAUCACAGUUACUCGACAGAUCGCGGUCGGCAACGUGUCCAAGUACCUUCUCAACGGCCACAAGUCGACUCUCCAGACUAUCCAGAACCUGUUCCAGUCUGUGCAACUCAACAUCAACAACCCCAACUUCCUCAUCAUGCAAGGCAAGAUCACCAAGGUGCUCAACAUGAAGCCCGCUGAGAUCCUCGGCAUGGUCGAGGAGGCCGCUGGGACGAGGAUGUUCGAAGAACGCAAGGAUAAGGCUGUCAAAACAAUGUCGAAGAAGGACAAGAAGGUCGAGGAGAUCUCUACGCUGCUCCGUGAAGAGAUCGAGCCCAAGCUCGAGAAACUGCGUGCCGAGAAGCGCUCAUAUCUGGAGUAUCAGAAGGCCACGAGUGAGCUUGAGCGCCUCACCCGCCUGGUUAAGGCAUACGAAUGGCGUCUCGUCGUCGACAAGCUCGAGAAGUCUGGCGCCUCGCUCGAGCAGAAGCACAAUGACAUCGCAGCAGCCAAAGAGGACAUCACCCGCGGCGGUGAGGAGUGCAAGGUCAUGGAGAAGGAACUGCAGGAGAUUGAGGCGAGUAGGGCCAAGGAGAUGGCCAAGGGGGGCAAGAUGCAGGCGCUGGCAGACGCGGUAAACGAGCUCGAGCGCGAGCUGGUCAAGAUCAACACGCAGCUCGAGAUCAAAGAGUCUACGGUUGCCGAUGACGCCAAGCGCGUCGAGGGUGCUAACAGCUCCGUCGCUGAGACCAAGGACACCCUCGCUGCGAAGAAGGAGACCUCGGAGAAGGAUGCAAUGGCAUACGCCGAACUCAAAGAGGCGUACGACGCCGGCGUCAAGGAUCUUGAACGGACAGAGCGGCUCCUCGAGUCUCUUAUCACUGGUCUCUCGUCAUCAAAGGGCGACGAGGAUGGCAGCGCCGGUGGCUACAUGGGUGAACUGGCUGAAGCCAAGGCUCUUCUCACAGCCGCCGGCACCGAGGCUGAGCAGGCCAAGGUCAAGAUCGGCCUCGCCGAGCGCGAGAUCAAGGACAAGGAGCCUCGUGCCAAGAAAGCCGAGAAGGAGGGCGAGGGCCUCGUCAAGGAACUUGCCGCCAAGCGCACCGAGGUUGACCAGCUGCGAGCCCGCGUGAAGGCGAGCGGCUGGGACGAGGACAAGGAGCGCUCCUUGCUCGAGCGCCAGGCCGAGCACGGCCAGAAGAUUGCCCAACUGUCCGAGAAGCGCGAUACAAUCAAGUCACGCCUCGCGUUGCUCGACUUUGAAUACACCGACCCGUACCCGAACUUUGACAGGAACAAGGUCAAGGGUCUCGUCGCAACCCUUGUCGACCUCGACGAGACGAACUACUCUUGCUCGACUGCACUUGAGAUCUGUGCGGGUGGCCGACUGUACAACGUCGUUGUAGACGACGCGAAAACGGGCGCCGCACUUCUCGGCCAGGGCAAGAUGCGCAAGCGCGUUACCAUCAUCCCUCUCAACAAGAUCAACGCGUUCCGCUUGUCGGCCCAGACCAUUGCGACGGCUCAGAAGGUCGCACCUGGUAAGGUCAACCUCGCGCUUGACUUGAUCGGCUGCGACGAGGAGAUCAACGCCGCCAUGGCGUACGUGUUUGGCAACGUGUUCGUGUGCAAGGACAAGGAGUCAGCCAAGGCCGUGACGUUUAACAAAGCGAUCGGCGUCAGGUCCGUCACCCUCGAGGGGGACGUGUACGACCCUUCUGGCUCCCUCUCCGGUGGUGCGGCACCCUCUAGCUCCGGUGUCCUUGUCAAAGUCCAAGAGUUGCGCAGCAUCGAGAAGCAGAUUGCGGCACACAAGAAGGAGCUCGAAGCAGCGUCGCACGAGCUUGAUUCGGCCAAGAAGGUUAUCGCACAGUGGCGCAAGGACAAGCGUGCCGUCGACUUGUGUGCUCACGAGGUCACCCUCCUCGAAGAGCAAGUGAACGGCAGUAACGCUACCAAGAUCAUCGGUGAGGUGGAGGCUGCACGCAAGACUCUGGCCGAGCUUAAGGCCAUCAUCGAGCUGGCCAAGGAGAAGCAAAAGGCAGCAUCCGCAGAUAUCAAGCGGAUCGAGAAGGAGAUGGACUCGUUCCAGAAUGACAAGCCUACGAAGAUUAAGGAGUUGAAGGCCGAUAUUGCCAACAAGAAAAAGGAGCUCGGCAAGAAGACGACGCAGGUCAAGAUGCGCCAGAAGGAGGUGCAGACUGCCGAACUUCAGAUCCAGCAGCUUGAGUCGGAUCUCGAAGCUGCCGGAGCAGAGGUCAAGGAGGCCGUUGCGGCAGAGGCCACGAGUAAGGCGGAGCUCGCCGAGCUGGGCCAACAGCUCAAGGUGCAGCAGGCAGAGCACAAGGCCGCCGAGGCCAGAUUCAAGGCCGAGCGCGCCUUGAUCGCUCGCUUCGACAACGAGGUUAACGAUCUCGAGCGGGACAUCAAGGCCAAGAAGCAGGAGAUAACCGACGACGAGCUCUCUCUAAAGAAGCUCGAGCACGACCUGGGCCUGGCGAAGAAGGAGCGUUCGUCGUCGGAGGCGGCCAAGGAGAACCUGGAGAAGCAGUUCCCCUGGAUCCUGGACGAGCAGCAGUUCUUUGGCAAGCCCGGCUCGCCAUACGAUUUCAACGGCGUCAACCUCGCCCAGGCGCGCGAGCAAUGCCGCGAGCUCGAGACGCAACACAAGGGCAUGGGUCGCAAGAUCAACACCAAGGUCAUGAACAUGAUCGACAACGUCGAGAAGAAGGAGUCGGGACUGCACAAGAUGAUGAGCACGGUGCUCAAGGACAAAGCCAAGAUCGAGGCGACGAUCGUCGAGCUCGACCACUAUAAGCGCGACGCGCUGGCCAAGACGUGGGAGAAGGUCAACGGUGACUUUGGCCUCAUCUUCGCCGAGCUCCUACCCGGCAACUUUGCCAAGCUUCAACCCUCGGAGGGGCAGGACCUGACUGAGGGCCUCGAGGUCAAGGUCCGUCUCGGGCCCGUUUGGAAGGCGUCUCUCACCGAGCUGUCGGGCGGGCAGCGCUCACUCAUCGCUCUCUCCCUCAUCAUGUCGCUGCUCCAGUUCAAGCCCGCACCGAUGUAUAUUCUCGACGAGAUCGAUGCCGCGCUCGACCUACAGCACACGCAGCACAUUGGACAGCUGUUCCGCAACCGCUUCAAGGGGAGCCAGUUUAUUGUGGUUUCCCUCAAGGAGGGCCUGUUCACCAACGCCAAUGUUCUGUUCCGCACGCGCUUCCGCGAUGGUACAUCAAUCGUAGAGCGUACCGCCACGCGCUCGGCGUCGGUGUACGACAAGGAGAACGACGAGAGCCAGACCCAGUCCCAGAGUCAGCCGGCACCAAAGCGACGUGGUGGCGGUGCGAGGGUACCCCUUGUCGUGCGAUAG